GGGGUCUGCUGGCUUCAGAUAACGCGAGAGGCAGGCGUGCGCGCCAGAUCGCCAGCGGGAAAGUGCGUGAUUUGAGCGUGAGAGGCGCGAGGCAGAAAAUCCCAGCAAUGCAGCCGGGGCUAUGGAGGAGACUCUACGUAUACACGCUGAUCUUCAUGACGAUCGGCCUGAGGCAUCGGGCGGCGCACGGCAGCAGCGAUAUCUGGCCUCUGGAAAGGCCCGACGGUAUGCCGGCCAUACAGUCGCUCGAGGUCAUGUGCGGCAAGGACCACAUGGACGUGCACCUGUCGUUCUCGCAGCCCUUCGAGGGCAUCGUCUCGUCCAAGGGCCAGCACUCGGAUCCCCGUUGCGUCUACGUGCCGCCCUCGACCGGCCAGACCUUCUUCACCUUCAGGAUAGCCUACGCCAGGUGCGGCACCAAGCCAGACAUGCACGGCCAGUUUUACGAAAACACCGUGGUCGUGCAGUACGAUAAGGAUCUGCUGGAGGUGUGGGACGAGGCCAAGAGGCUGCGCUGCGAGUGGUUUAACGAUUAUGAGAAAACGGCGUCGAAACCGCCCAUGGUGAUUGCCGACCUCGACGUUAUUCAGCUUGACUUCAGGGGUGACAACGUCGACUGCUGGAUGGAGAUUCAACACGGCAAGGGCCCAUGGGCUCCGCCGGUCUCGGGAAUUGUGCCGCUCGGCUCGACGCUCACACUAGUCGUAGCGAUAAACGAUUAUCGAGGUAACGACGAUUAUCAGCAUCACCGCCGAGGCAAAGUCCAAGGUGAAUUUGACAUGAGAGUCAAGUCGUGCGUAGCCUCGGACGGGGCGGGCCACACCAUACAGCUGAGCGACGAGUUUGGCUGCGUACUCCGGCCCAAGAUGAUCAGCAGAUUCAACAAGGCCCGGGGCAGCGACGACCGAGCCACCGUCAUCACGUACGCCUUCUUCCACGCCUUCAAGUUCCCCGACGCGCUCAGCGUCCACAUCAAGUGCAAGGUGGAGAUUUGCCGACACGGCUGCCUCGAUCACUGCCAAACCAGCGGGAACAACGAGGGCCAGUACCUGCAGGACCGCAACGACGUCAACCUCAUCGGCUCCGGAAGACCCUCGGGUGGCAACAACAAUUACAUCGAGCACACGAACAACAAUUCCGGCGAUCUCUACGACGACAUUCUGCACAACGGCGAUGGCAGUAUGGCCGCCAUCGGAAGUCACUUCCUCGGAAUUGCCGAAAAGUCCGCCCAACCGAAGGCUCAAGCUCAGACCGCAGCUCAGCUGCUGCUGCAGUCGUCCACCUCCGAGCCUCUUAUGAGCGAUCCUCUGCAGCCUUACAUGGCGGUGCAACCUGCCCGAGUGACUCGCUACCAACCACAGGAACACUUCCCUCACGGCCCUCGCAAUCUCGAACAGGACGACGAGCAAAUGAUGCGCGAGGGAAAAUCGAACGACGCCACGACGCAGCAACGCAACGCCACCGCCGGUGGUAGCAGCACUUCCAAGCCCGAGUCGUCGACGAGCAGAACGACGACAACGACGACGACGAGCAGCCGACGCAAGAGAUCCCUCGUCGUCUCGGACCGCAAAGUGCGCAGUGCCGAUGUAGGUGUCUCCGGCAUUUACGAGGUCAUCUCCGAGGCAGACCUCGCUUUCAGUCCAGACAGUCAUGCCGAGGCCGUCACUGUUUUCCAGGGCCGAAUUCGUGAAGAAGUCGUUUACGGCAUCUGCUUGCCCCUCACCGGAUUCAGUGCGUUGUUCGUCGUUGUGGCCCUCUCGGCCGUCGUGUCAGCUCUCAUAGCCGGUGCCAUGGUCCAUCGGCUUCAAGCCCAGCGCGACUUAGUGAAGAAACAGGCGAGAAAGCUCGGUGACAACAUGAUGACGGCUGCCAGUCUAUCGGCCACGUCGUCGUCGGUAUCUUCGUCGUCGAGAGGCUCGGCGAGCAGUAACGGACGGGUCGCCGCAGCAGCACCUGGUUGGUUCCAAGCUUACGGAUUGUUCCGAGCCAGAUGCGUACAGCAGCAUUGA